AUGUGUUUUGGCACCACCACCAUAUGUGAGAGGUGCCAGCGUCCAACAGUCUACCUCCUUCCCGGUAUCCAUCGUUGCAGCACUCGCUGUAAAGCCUCACACACCAUCACCGGUCCCACCAGCACCACACACUCCUGUUGGGCAUGCCGGCCAACAAUCCCUGGAUCUGUCGACGAGGUCAAAGAAGUAUUAUUCUGGAACCACUACGCCGACACCUUCAUCGGCUAUGCCGACAGCCUGGAGGAAUCAAAAGCCCUUCUCGCCGCUCUCACAUCCGAGAUCGAGGAAGCGUCGGACGAGGAUGUGAAGAGGGAAUUAGAAGUGCUCAAGCGCGCUGAAGAGCUCAGGACUCGAGAAUUUGAAGCUGCUACCGAUCGCUUCACUGAAUGGAAAAAGGAAGGAAACUUACCCAUCCACGUGAUCACUCCGCCGCCGGUCGGCGAAGCAAAGCCACUGACAUUCAAAGAGUGGGCAUCAAAAUUCGGCGUCGAAGCGAGGGACUUCGAUAGCAAAGAGGAUCUCACGGCCUGGGAAGCACUGGAAUUCCACGAUUGUGAUGGCUACGAGCUGUAUCUCGAAGAGAAUGACUUCGAGUAUGAGCUCGAUUUAUUUCGAGCACGGAAUGACUCGCUUCGCUAUAUUGACCGACUGUUCUUUGAUUUCGACCCAAGCAAGCUUCAAGCCCAUGACCCGCAGGCAGAGGAGACUGAAGGGCUAUUGAGCUGGAGAAUCUGGAUGAGAAAGGAGAGAUUGGGGGCCAUCAAGUGGAGUGAGGAGAGGAUGAAAGCAAAGUCUACGGCGGAGAGAUUUGAGCGCGAUCUUAACUUGUACGCUGUCUACUUGGAAGAUGCAUCAAAUUACUGGUCAAAGGUUUUUACCUAUUUCCGAACGAAGGACACUUUGACUCGCAGAAGACGUCUCAAUGAGGGACACCAUUUGAUAUGGGAUCCUGAUAGGGCCGAAGGGGAAAUUGAAACCACAGAAGUUCCACCUACCGCCAAUGACGAGGAGUACACUGGUCGGGUACAAUGGUUGAGAGCUGCGAGCCGCUGUAGACACCCAAGCAAUGGUGAAGAGGCUAAAGAAGAAAUCAAAGAAGCAAAUGUCAAAGAAGCAGAUGCCGACGACGAAGACGGACCCAUAGUCAUGACCUUCGCGGAAUGGUGUGCGUCUCCCCUGGUACCACAAGAUGGCGAACAAAACAAGAACACAGAUGCAGCACUACGUGCAGAUCUCAAAGGAUACGCCAACUAUUGCUCCACCUUCCCACACCCAAUGCCGGAAGAAUACUGCGCAGUUCGACGCCGCCUCGAUCGCUUCCGCGCGGAGACCUUCAACUACACGCCUCCCUGCCAGUCUACCGAGCAAAUUGGACAAACGGAAAUGAAAUGGCCCUGCGGUUUGUCAGACUUUCGCCACGGUCUCACAGCGAGAGGCUUUAAGCCAAGCAUGAACUCUGGGUGGGUCGAGGAUACUUACGUGCUCUACCUAGACAUGUUUGCCGAGAAGGAAACAGUAGGAGGCUUCGCCCAAAGUCGAGACUGGUGGGCUCGCGAUGACCGCCGUGAGCUCGAAGGUCUCCCUCGCUGCGAUCCACUCACAACUAAAAUCACAUCCGUGAUGCAACUACUGGUACAAUACAUCGUUUCUAUGGAAGAUCCCGCAUCUCGACUUGCAGUUGAGGCAUGUCUCUCCCCCGUGCUCUUGAUGUUGGAUUCCUGCAUGGAAGAGCAUCGAGAGCUGAUGACUGAGCAGUGGGAAUACAUACGCGCUACGUACCAUCACGCUGAAGCUAUGGCUGCGGUUGUUAGGACGAGGGAGCAGAGGCUUGCCAGAUUCUCUGACCAAUCGCACGUCACAUCGCAACACACUGGUGUAGUUGAGUCCACAAGAGCGAGAUUGCCGCAGACUCUUAUAUCCGCUGAGGGCUACUAUGCGGAUAACGACAGCGAGACCGACAGUGAAGACGAAGAUGGUCAAUUUUACAGCCCGGUCAUCCACUCACCAUACAUCCCAGAUCUCGACUCUGAUGAUGAAGGCUCCUCUGAUGCUGACGAUGCGGGACCUGAAUUCUCGAUGAUCUGGGGUUUGGCAGCGUUGACAGAUGACGUUGAGACUGAUGAAGAUGAACAGAGGUUGUUGAUGAACUUCUAA